GCAGAGAAGAAGAGAAGCAGAGAAGAAGAGACGUUGGGACUUUGUUGUUGGACGUCUAGCUGCUGAAGACGUUGUGUAAUGUGUCCGUGACACUGUGAAUAGAUCAGCAGAGCUGGCGGGAGCAGGUCUGGAGGUGUUAUUGAUGAGCUGCCGGUUAACAGGAGAGCGGUGAGAUGGCCAUCGCCCACGUGGCCACAGAGUAUGUGUUCAGCGAUUUCCUGCUGAAGGACCCGAACCAGGCCCGGUACCGCAGCGUCCGGACUGAGCUGGCUGUGGACAAGAUGGUGACCUGCGUGGCGGUGGGCCUGCCUCUCCUCCUCAUCUCCCUGGCCUUCGCUCAAGAAGUUUCGGUUGGUACCCAGAUGAGCUGUUUCGCUCCAGCAAACUUCUCCUGGAGGCAGGCCGCUUAUGUGGACUCGUACUGCUGGGCUUCUGUACACACACACACUCUACCUCUGUGGCUGCACAAGUUCUUUCCCUACAUUCUGCUGCUGGUGGCGGUGCUGAUGUACUCGCCGACGUUGUUCUGGAGAUUUUCCGCGGCUCCCCUCCUGCAGUCGGACCUGGGCUUCAUCAUGGAGGAGCUGGACCGGUGCUACAACAGAGCCGUCACUCUGGCCAAACGAAUGGCCACCUCAGGACUGCUCAGCCCAGACAGCGACCCCACAGAGGGCUGUUUCAAUUACCCGCUAGUGGAGAAGUUUCUGAUGACCAAGCGCUGCUCGCGGUCCAUGCUGUUGCAUUACAUGCUGUGUCGCGGCCUGACUCUGGUCACCCUGCUGUGCGCCUGCGUCUACCUGGGCUACUACCUCCGCCUGGCCUCCGUCACCGACAUGUUCGGCUGCCCGCUGCGUGUCGGCCUGCUCGCCUCCGACCCGAGCGUCCCUGAAAAGGUGCAGUGUAAGCUCAUCGCCGUGGGAGUCUUCUCUUUGCUGAGCCUCGUCAACUUGAUCCUGUUCAUUGCGCUGAUUCCCGCGGUGAUCUACUCCGGCGCCCGUCCCCUCUUCUGCACCGGACACGCCCGCUUCCUGGAAACUUACCAGUUGCUGCCCACCGUGAGCGUCCUUCCAAACCCCGCCAGACAAUGGGAUGAUCUCUCACUGUAUCUGCUCUUCCUGGAGGAGAACAUCAGCGAACUGAAGUCCUACAAAUACAUCAAGGUGUUGGAGUUGUUGAGGAGACAAGGAGAAGGCUGCGAAGAAGACUUUGAUUCCAUGGGUCUGCUGCAGACUCUCUGCCUGGUGAAGAUGGACGGUGUGGAUGGGAGGAAACCUGCCGGCUCUGCGGGGAAACGGGAUCAAGUAAAGACAAACGUGGCGGAGUCCGCCGUCAUCCCCGCAGCGGCUAAGAACAGCUGCAGUUGUCCGAAGGCUGCUGCAGUAAACAAAGACAGCAAGACGGAAACGGAGAUGAAAGAGCUCACUCGGUUGCUGCCUGGAAACAGCGACGUAACGGGCAGCAGUAGCAGUGAGGGAGAGGCUCUCCGGCAGCGAGCAGUGUGACCGGCUGGUCCGGGGGUCCUGAGGGAAAUGACUUCUCGGCCAUCCCAUGGUGCAUUCACGACUCACUGCCUUCCCGUCCUGAUGAUGGGAUUAAAAAUGAGAUGGGAGAUUGAAGCACCAUCAUCAUGGAAGUUCUGCUCAGCGUAGUGCCUUUAGUCCCUUUCUUUGAAUGAUGUCAUGUCUUUUUUUUUUUUGUUGUUGUUUAAGCGGGAGAUUUUCUUUUGUCUAAUAGCUCAAAAAUAUAAAGGGGAGGGAGUGAGCAAGUAAGACUUCAUACACUGGAAGGUGACACCCAGGUUGGUACAGAUUUCAGGAACCAUUGAAUAUGUUUACCUGCACACUAAUGUUCCACUAUUACUAUUCCAAAAUUGAAACUGGUCAUGAAAACAUCAUAUUGUGUUUGGAUAUUCCAAAUAAGGUAUUAAUUGUGUAGUGUUUUCUGAUUACGAUGUGUGGGAUAUGUAGAUAUUUCUCAGGUUUUAGGAGCAUUCUUUGGACAUGUAUGAAGCACAAAAUUGCGUCUAAAAUAGAAUUUUUUACGGCAGUUUGCGCCAAACAUGUUGUACACAAACCAACUCUCCAACAGUUGGGGCAGCGAAACAUGGCCAAAAGAAAUUCAAAACUUGCAGAAAGGUGAAAAAUUACACGACGGGAGCUGCAGUUGAAAAUGGAGUAACAUUUCAUUUAUUUAAAGGGUGCAGCUCUAGUACGUAAGUCAUGUGGGCGUUCUUUUUUAAUUGGAGUAUGAACUGCUGCAUUCAGCUUAGUAGGAAUAUUGUCUUAUUCAGAUUAAAAGGGCAAAAACGGAAAUAUUUUGUGCACGUAAACAUUGAACCAUUAAGGACUAAUCCAAAUUUAUUUUUGAGUUAAUGGUUAAAAUCAAACAAAGAUGCAGUCAUCAGACUGACUGCAUCUAUAGUAAGGAAGAUAUUUGUAAAACUAUUUGGCUGGAUGGGAUACAUAUUUAUCAAGGAUGUGGGUUUCUUUUUGAGCUGUUUCUUUCCUGAUCCGUAUUACUGAACAUGUUGAGCACAUGUGAUGUCAUCAGAUAUGUUCUCUGUGACUAUUCAAAGUAAAAGCAGUUCAGUGAGUAUGCAGUAAAGGUUGUUAAAGGCUUUUAAAUUGUGAGGGUUUUAACAGUUUUUUAUUGUUUACAAAAAAGAAAUGUGACAAUUGAAAUAUUCAAAAUUGCAGUGUUUUUCUUCAAUGUAUUUAUUUGCACUUGUCAUUAUGUGAGAGUUUACUUUUAUUGAGAUUAUCAAUUUAAUUUCAUUUAAAGACAAAGUCAUUGUAAAGGGGAAUACCUCUCAAAGAGGAAGUCGUUCUUCAUCCUUCUGUCUGGAAAAUGAUACAGCGAGGCAGCCAAAACAUAAACCUCUGCUCAAAUAUGUCACAUUACAGUUUUGGGUGUUAAGUUCUCUGCUCUAUUUAAGAGGAGUGUUCUCAGUUUAUCAAUAUAAGGUUUUUUACAUCUGGUACAAAUGCAGGAUUAUUUUAUUGAAUGUCAGAUUUAUCGUUUUUCCGACAAAUACGGUACAAGGCUUUAUUGCUUAAUGUUUAACAAAUACAUAAUUUCUCAACAAUGUCACAUCAAAUCACAGGUAAUAACUCUGCUUAUGUUGAAUCAUGUUGUCAGAGUUUUUGCAGAUUUCAACCUGGAAUUUAAACUCCUCAUGCUUGUUUUGAAAUCUCAGGGAUAAAAACAUCUCACGACAUGGCAUGUGAUUGUCAAAGUUUACGUCUUCUCUAGCUGCCUGUAAAAAUGCACUGCAGUAAGUGGAGCAAUUGAACAUAUAGUCUUGAAAUGACUGUGGUUAGAUCUCCUCUUUACUUUGUGUAGUUUUUUUUUUUUUUUCUAUACAAAUAUUGGUGUCCCAUGUCUGUGCAGUGUGACACUUUAUUCAAGUAAAGUCUUUGACAGAAACUGAUGCUUGUUUUUGUGUUGUUUCCAGUGUUCAACUUCUGAGGUGACAUGUUGAUGUUUGAAGCUGCUGUUAGUCAUGUUUGAGAUAAUAAUGAUAGCUUUUGACUGUUAUAUUUGUAGGAUUGCCUGCAGUC